CCAAGGCUCCGCGGGCAAAGUGUGACAAGCAAAGAUGGCGGCUUUGUGUUUACGAACUGUGUGCAAGGGGCUCCGACUUGUUCGGCCAGGAAUGUUUGGUGUAUCUAAUAGAUGGAUACAACAGUCUUGUGAAAGCUUCUCAGAAGAGAAAGGAAAGCUUAAUAAUGGUGAUAAAGAAACCAGUACUAGCACCAGUGGUGAGGAUGAGAAGCACUUCGGUGAUGGUGAGGGAACAUUUUUUGAUGCAGAAGAACAAGAUGCAGACAUGAGAAGAAGUAUACUUAAUGCUGCACUUGAACAUGUCCCUGAGUUUGGUUGGAGUUCAGAAGCCAUAGAGGCUGGUGCACAAGCUAUGGGACUAUCUGCCAUGGCUGAAGGCAUGUUCCCACGAGGAGCUGGGGACUUAGUGCUUCAUUUUACUGAAGAUUGCAAUGUUAGAUUAGCUGAUUACCUUAUAUCACAGUCAAGAGUACAGAAGGAUCCAGAGGAAUCUUCUGCAAGCUCAGGGCGCAAAAGUUCCCGUUUGAUUAUCCGUGACGCUGUUGAAGUACGACUUAGAAUGCUUAUUCCUUACAUUGGUCAGUGGCCUCAGGCAAUGGGUUUGAUGCUAUUGCCUCAGAAUGCUCCAGAUGCCACGAAAAAUGUUGCAUACAUGGUGGAUGAAAUAUGGUACCAUGCUGGUGAUACCUCUACAGAUAUAAACUGGUACACAAAGAGAGGAGUGCUGGCUGGGCUCUAUGGUUCCACAGAACUUUAUAUGGUUAGUGAUAGGUCUCCUGAUUUUGAAGAAACGUGGAGUUUUCUUGACAGAAGGAUGUCAGAUAUUGGUUUGCUUAUCAGUGCAAAAACAACAUUGGAAAAGGCUGGAUCAGAUGCAGCUGAACUAUUAUCUGCAGCCUUUACCACAGUGCGUAACAUGAGUGGUUUGAACAGUCGAAACAGAUGAGAUACUGCCUUAAGAGUUCCUGCUAAGAUAUAUUGAAAUAGUUCAAAGGGAUUCUUUAAUCUUAACGACAAGAUAUUAAACAACGAUGUUAAUCAUGUGGUGUGCUUUUGAUAACUGCGCAUGCAGGAUAAUAAUAGAGCUCUCUAAGUCCUUUUUGAUCAUGAUCUUAUUGGUGUCAUCGGUCAGUUAUUGUGAAGUGCUGUAGUUUUCAUAUGAAGAGUCAUUUUAUUGUCGAAGUUCGUUCUUAGACGCAAGAUUAGAAUGGCAUAUAUAAUGAUUUGACUGGUAGUUAAUAAAUUGUCCCUAUUUUCUCGUUACAAGCUUUCCAUUGCCGUUCUUAAAACUGUAACUUUAAUUUAAAGUGCUAAGGCUACACACAUAAUAGGUGUUUACUUGUGACAACGGGUAGCUUCAGGCACCCUGCCUGGUUAUAUCCAGCGUGCAUGUCUGUCAACUGCUAAAACCUAAGUCAAUAAUUUUCAGAUAGAGAAUGGUGAUUUAAAGUAAGACAGAUUGGGAAUCAGUUUUAUUUGCUAUAAUUUAGCCAUUUAUAUUCCUUUAUUUUUCUUUUAUUGGACUUACUUAAGCCGAAAUACCUUUACGUAUGUCUUAACUUAAAAGUUGUUUGAUCUAAGAGCAUUGAGAAGUUAUUGUUUUCACAAUCAGUUACUAUUGUUUUCAAACAGUCAACUAUCUUGUAGCUAAUCGCUGGCAGCACCAGCAAUAUACAGAGAAAUAUACGUUAAACUUCCAUUAAG